CAUGAUUUACACUCCUUCACCUUCUGGGGGACCCAUCUCAACGACCCUUCACAGAGAUUGUGCUCCUUCUUCUAUGUCCAUGGUUCCCCUGUCUCUAGCUUCAAGAAGUUCUCAGAUUCUCAGGCAUUGUUCUAUUGGGCAUCACUCAGCCGCCAUUUCCUGAAUUGGGUUUGCUUCUUUUUCCAAUUUCCUCAACUGGGUCUGCUUUAUUUCCCACUCAAAUCAUCUCACACACUCAUGGCUUCCAUAAAGUCUCUGCCUUUUGUGAUAGAGACCAAGGCUGAGAGCUCUGUGCUGCUCCACAGCGAGAACAGUCGCCGGCUCCGAUUCCCAUUCUUCACUCACCGGCGGUGGAGGGCCGGUGAGGUGAGUCUGAUCAGUGGUUCAGCAAGUGGGUGUUCACAAGCUGUGGGGUUGUGUAGUGGGCAGAUUAGUUCUUGCACAAAAGGUCAGCUUUGGAGAGUGAAGCCUGUUAGAGCAAUUCGUAAGGUCUCUGGGGAAGGUGUGGAGGACAAAGGUGAAUCAGAGGAUGCGCUUCAGGCCACCAUUGAAAAGAGCAAGAAGGUUCUUGCUAUGCAAAGAGACCUACUUCAACAGAUUGCUGAAAGAAGGAAACUGGUAUCUUCUAUAACAAGUAGUACUGUAGAAGAUCAAGAAGAGGUUGAUUCUUUUGAACAAGAGGAUUCUUUUUCGGAUGUAGAAAGUUCUUCAGGUGGUGGUAAUGGCACUAUUGAAGAACAAAAUGACAGCAUUGCUUCAAGCACCUAUGGUCAUUCAACUGCAGAAAAGGAACUAGAAACAGUACCUUCUGCUGUUAGUAGAAGCUUUAGUGAAAUUGAGAAGAAGCAUGAAGAAACUGUGCCUCUUAAUAAGGCUCCCUAUGAGGCAGAGUCCACAAAGCAUGUGAAUAAGACUAGUGCCAAGUCAGAGUGGUCCGAUUCUCUGCCAUCUUUUAUUUCAACUACUGUUGAGACGUCCUCUCUGAAAGAUGAAGAAGAGCAUGUAGAUCUGAAAGAACCAAGUUUACAGGAGGUCAAUGUUGGGGCAACGGAUCCUACAAUCGAAGACGUGAAGCCCCCUCCUUUGGCUGGGCCCAAUGUCAUGAAUAUCAUAUUGGUGGCAGCAGAAUGUGCUCCGUGGUCAAAAACAGGUGGGCUUGGAGAUGUUGCUGGAGCUUUACCAAAGGCUUUGGCUCGGCGUGGCCAUAGGGUUAUGGUUGUGGCACCUCGGUAUGGCAAUUAUGCUGAACCUCAAGAUUUAGGAGUCCGGAAAGGAUAUAAAGUAGAUGGCCAGCAUAUGGAAGUAGCAUACUUUCACUCCUAUAUUGAUGGCGUAGAUUUUGUCUUCAUUGACUCUCCUAUGUUCCGUCACAUGGAGAAUAAUAUAUACGGAGGAAAGCGUGAGGAUAUCUUAAAGCGGAUGGUGUUAUUUUGCAAGGCUGCUGUUGAGGCCCCUUGGCAUGUUCCCUGUGGUGGCAUUUGCUAUGGUGAUGGAAACUUGGCUUUCAUUGCAAAUGACUGGCAUACUGCACUGUUGCCAGUGUAUUUGAAGGCGUACUAUCGAGACAAUGGCUUGAUGUUAUAUACAAGGUCCAUCCUUGUAAUCCAUAACAUAGCUCACCAGGGUCGUGGGCCGGUAAGUGAUUUCUCCUUCAUUGAUCUUCCACAACACUACUUGGACCUUUUCAAAUUGUAUGAUCCCGUUGGAGGGGAGCACUUCAAUAUCUUUGCUGCUGGUUUGAAGACAGCCGACCGUGUGGUUACUGUAAGUCAUGGAUACGCCUGGGAGGUUAAAACAGCUGAAGGUGGUUGGGGAUUGCAUGGGAUCAUAAAUGAAAAUCACUGGAAACUCAGCGGCAUUGUUAAUGGAAUUGAUAAUAAAGACUGGAAUCCACAGUAUGAUGUUUUCUUGAGAUCAGAUGGUUAUACAAACUACUCCCUAGAGACACUUGAGACUGGCAAGCCUCAGUGUAAGGCAGCUUUACAGAAGGAGCUGAGUUUGCCGAUCCGUGAGGAUGUCCCUUUAAUUGGUUUCAUUGGGAGACUGGAUCCCCAGAAAGGUGUAGAUCUUAUAGCACAGGCGAUUCCGUGGAUGAUGGAGCAAGAUGUGCAACUAGUCAUGUUAGGCACUGGAAGACCUGACCUGGAACAGAUGCUGAGAGAGUUUGAACAUCAAUACAGAGGCAAGGUCAGGGGAUGGGUUGGUUUUUCUGUAGAAACAGCUCAUAGAAUAACUGCCGGUGUAGACAUUUUGCUCAUGCCAUCGAGAUUUGAGCCUUGUGGACUGAACCAACUAUAUGCCAUGAACUAUGGGACAGUUCCAGUCGUUCAUGCUGUCGGUGGACUCAGAGAUACUGUACAUCCUUUCAAUCCAUAUGAGGAGUCAGGGCUUGGGUGGACAUUUGACAGCGCUGAUACAGGUAAGCUCAUCCAUGCAUUAGGUAAUUGCAUAUAUACUUAUCGAGAGUACAAGCAGAGUUGGGUAGGAAUCCAGAGACGAGGGAUGAUGCAAGACCUAAGUUGGGACAAUGCUGCUCAGAAGUAUGAGGAGGUUGUUGUGGCUGCAAAGUACCAAUGGUGAGAGCUGUUGCUGCUUCAUGGCACUCUUUGCAAGCUUUACCGAGAUAUGCCGGGUUUUCACCACGGUAGUUUUUACUAUGUAAAUAUUGUUAAAAAGAUUAUUUGUCUUUCCUCUAUUUCUAUAUGAUUCACUGUGUUUAAAUGUUAGCUCCUAAAUUUUUCCGGGAGCAGUUCAGUGAUUUAAAAUAAAAUUUAAACCCUUGGGAAAUGAA